ACAGCCGCAGCCACACCAAUCUCAAUCCCUCAAAUUAAACUUAUACCAUUCCAAACAAUCACAUCCCCCUUCUUUUUUUAAAAAAAAUGGAAGCUGACUCCUUCAGGCGUGUAAACGGUUUAGCCAUCGACAAUAAUAAUAAUACUAAUAACCCCUUCCUCGACUACCAAAUUAAGUGCAACAACCCCACCACUCCCACUCCCACCGCUGCCACCACUACAACCACCACCACCACCACCACCGCCACCGCCGGUACUAGUCUCAAGCGAACUCUCCGAGAUCACAACUCCUCCAGUGGCACAAUGAGGUACCGUGGCGUCCGUCGCAGGCCUUGGGGCCGUUAUGCAGCCGAGAUUAGAGACCCUCAGUCUAAAGAAAGAAGAUGGCUUGGAACUUUCGAUACUGCUGAAGAAGCUGCACGUGCUUACGACUGCGCUGCACGGUCCAUGCGUGGCCUCAAAGCUCGCACCAAUUUCGUUUACCCUUCUUCUCCACCCGCCCCUCAUUCCCUCUCCUCCGACGAUUACUUAAUCCCUCGCUUCAAUUUCCCUCCUAAACACUCUCUCCCACGCCUUAACUCUUCUAAUUGGCCCCUUUUUUCAACUCCAAAUCGUGGGCCUGACUUCUUAUGGUCCGGUCAUGCACAGAGGAUCAACACCGCUUCUCCCACUCUCGACAUGCUUCUCCUUCGUGAUUUCCUCAAUUUCCCUUCUUCCAAUUAUAAUCAUUCCUCCAAACCCUCUUAUUCUAUUAAUACUACUACUAAUAAUAAUAGCACUACCAAAAUAACUCCUCCUCCCCCUCCUCCUGAAAAUUACUCCUCUGAAUUUCUCCCCAAGGACUCCCCCGAUUCCGGUUUAUUGGAAGAGGUAAUUCACGGCUUCUUCCCCAAAUCACAUGAUUCCAACACCAACAACUCUGACGAUUAUUUCAACAAUAACGACGAAAACAAGAACGCCAAUCUCAGUGGUCAACAUUUGGAUUUAUUGGAUUACCAAUUGGCCGACGACAGCUUCAACAACAACAACAACACCACCUUAAUUAAUCAAGAUAUUCCCGAUCAUGGCCGUCUCUUUGGCGACGCUCACAACUUGAUUCUGGAUGAUAUUUUCCAAUGUCCGGAGCUUUUAAACCCUUUUCCUCCUAAGCUCCAAAAUGCUUAACCUCACAUCGAUCAUCAUCAACUUCUCCUCUCUCGAAUGAUGUUUUUAUAUUUUAUUUUAUUAUCACUACUUACAAAGUCUUCUCAUUUUAAUUUCUAUUAUUUAUUUUCAUCAGUAUAAGUAUAAGAAAAAGAAAUAUAUAUAUAUAUAUAUCAAAAUAAUUCCCUCCAAAUAAUUACUUACUUGCUGUUCUACCCUCCA